AUGUCUUCAUCAUCAUCAGCGUCAAGGGCGGCGGCAGUGGCAGCGGCGCUGCUGAGCGUCGGCGGAUUCUUGGCUCAAUUGCCUGUCAGCGAUGGCCACGUCUACAUGAUGACCCCGAUCUCGCGUCAGCUGGGAGGCACCACGCCCUUCAAUCCGGAAGGAGAGGUUCCGGUUAACUUCUGCCCGCACUGCUACCAGUCCCGUGGGCCCGCCGCGAUUCGCGAGCGUUCAGGCGACAAGCCCUGGCCUCACUACCAGGGUGCACGAGCAGCCAACGGGAACUACCUCGAGAGUGACGAGGUGGCACAGAGGCACGGCAUCUGCGGCGACCCCGAGCAGACUGCGGCUGAGGGUGACAACAAGUACGGUCGCGAGAACUACAACUACCCCGUCCUCGGCACGUACGCCGAAGGCGGGGUCCUAGAGGUCAAGAUCCUCGUGUCUACCUACCACUGGGGCCAUGUGGAGGCUUUCCUCUGCGACACCGCCGACCUCCCCGAAGGCGAAGACAGCAUCGUCACCCAGUCCUGCUUCAACGACUACCCCCUCGACCGCGCGAUAGACGACGAGUUCAACGGCCCCAUCGACCCCGAAUACAAGGGACGGUUCAUCCUGGACCCCCCCUGCCGCGCCAGCGAGACCGACCAGGACCUGGUGGAGGGCGCCUACCCGGGCGACGUGGCCACCGCUCGGUACCAGCUGCCGGAGGGCGUGGUCUGCGACCGCUGCGUUGUGCAGAUGGUUUACUACACCGGCAAUUCGUGCAAGCACGAAGGCUACGCCGAGUUCAACCCCGAGUCGUGGCCCAGCUCGUGCGCGCCUAGCAAGGCCGACUGGAUCAACGAGGUCGUCGGCCAGUGCGGCGACGGUGACGCCUACCCCGAGGAGUUCUGGAACUGCGCGGACAUCUCCAUCACCUCCGACGGAGGACCUGGCACCGCCCCCGCCCCUCGCCCCGCUCCCUCCCCCACUCCCUCCCCCACUCCCGAGGAAGAGGAGGGAACCGAAGCUCCCAUGGAAGCGCCCGUAGCGCCCCCCACGUACGCCCCCACCCCGGAGCAAGAGGAGUUCGACGACGAGUCCACGCCCGCCCCGUCCAUGAAGUACGAAGAGGAGGACGAUGAGCCCACGCCGUCGCCCACCAUGAAGUACGACGAGCCGACGACCCCCGCACCGGUCGAAGGCGACGACGACGACGACGACGACGACGACUCGUCCUCCAUGGACGGAGAAGACUACGACGAGCCCACGCCGGCGCCCACCGCCGAGCUCGAGCCGGCCACGCCCAUGGACUCUCCCACCGAGCCGAUCGUGGCGACCUUCGCGCCGUCCGUACCCCCGCCCAUCUCGGACCACUCCGACUGCGAGGACCCCGUCGGUGCGUUCAACCAGUGCGGGGGGGAGGGCUACGACGGGUCCACCUGCUGCAGGGCCGGCUACGAGUGCGAGGAGAUGGCGGAGUGCUACUCCGAGUGCCGGCCCAAGGACGACCGGUGCUCCGAGGGCUGGGGGCAGUGCGGAGGGCUCCACUGGGAGGGCCCCGAGUGCUGCUGGCCCGGCGCCGAGUGCGUCGAGCGCAACGAGUGGUACCACCAGUGCGUUCCCGAGGGAGCCGUCAACUGA